AUGCCCGUCUUCAAAGGAACACAAACACACCCCGAGCUUUUCCAAAUCCACAUUGGGCCCGAUUUUGGCACCAAUAACCUGGUGAAGUACUGUGAGACGCAGAGCAGUGUCUACUUGCGAAAUCAAGAAACGCUUGAAAAGACCCUCUUGACUUUAUGUCCUCGGGAGCUAUGGCCGAUAGAUUCCAACAGUUGUAUGUCUCCCCGGCCAAUCCUUGUUGUCAAGGAGCAUCAGGAGCAGCUAUCGGAACUUAACGCCGCGCUGACAGCGGCGGUUUCCGAUAUUGUUGAUCGAUGGUGGACAGAAAAAGAAGCGCGCUUUCCAGAGCGAAUGCCCCUGGAGAAGAAGGAAGAGGAGCUUCUGCGGGUACUCGCGGAGAACAGCUGUGCGGAGCCUGGAGCUCCGAUGGAAAUUUUCCAGAUCACGGAAAUUAACGCCCGUUUCCCUUUUAAUGGGCUGUUGCAUCAGGCCUACGGGCAGGAUGCCUUGGGGAUGAUUGAAGACAGACACAAUUGUCUUACCGCUGGAACCAAUACAGGCAAGGUAAAUUUCGGGCUACAGUCCUGCAACACUGAUAUAUCCUUUUCUCAUCUUUACCAGGUGCUUAAUGGCCUACUGAGCCUUUUUCGUCAUAAUCUUCCCCUGCAUUUUCUCAAGGGUGAAGAGCCUGGCUUAGAUAUUCACAUGGUUGUGGACUUCGUUCAGCGUCAGAUCGGUCUCUCCCCUCGUUUGACAUCUCCUCAAGAUCUAAGGUUGCUACCUGAUCCCCAUAAGGAAGGCAAGCACACGCUUUGCUGCUUGGUAGAUCAUGACCAAGCUGUUACUUCUUCUCUGUUCACCCCUGAGGGAGAGGCAGUGGAGGAAGUCUAUCAACUUGGCCUUGAGCUUCACCAGCAUGAGCUAGAUGCCAUGCAACCGGAGAUACUACAACAGGUAAGCCUGCGCUGCUUCAACGACCUGCGAACAAUUUUGCUAGUGCAUGACAAGCGAAUGCUCGGAAUAGUGAAGGAAGAGCUAGAUCACCUCGUGGCUCGCAAUGUGCUCUCUCCGACUCAGGCACAGGCGCUCGAUAGGCGCAUUGCAGACACCUUUCUUCCAGGAUCUGGAUAUCUUGACAAAGUUUUGUACCUCUCCAAAGUCUCACCCGAAAUCAGAAACCAAUUUUUUCUAAAGCCAGUACGUGGUGGCAAGGGUGCUGGUAUUGUUUUCGGUGAUGAAUAUGAGCCUGACCAGUGGGUUUCUAUUUUGAAGCGACUACAGAGUCCAACUCUGGGAAAAGGAGGUACCUAUGUGGUCCAGCGACGCAUCACUCCUCGUCUCUAUGAUGUUGUAUUGAAAGCAUCUGGAGAGAGAACUCGAUAUCCUCUUGUCGGCACAUAUCAUGCCAUACAUGGUCAAUUGAUCGGAUUCGGUGUUUGGCGUUGCAGUCCUCAUCGUAUUUGUACCAUCAGCAUGGGAGGAUCCUGGACAUGCACGGUGAUGCAAGAAAGCAUUGAGUAG